GGGAGGGAGCGGGGCACGUAGGCGCGCGGGGCGAAGGCGUAAUCAUCAUCGGCGGCGGCCGCGCGCGGGGGCUCGGCUCUUCUGAGCGCGAGGAGGACAGGCCAGUGUGGGACUGAAGGGAGAAGGGGAGGGGCAGGAGCAGGCGCGCGCGUGUGCCCAAGGCGCGAGGACAGAGAAAGAGAGAGAGGGGGGGAGACAGAGAGAGAGAGAGAGGGAAGACACGCUGACAGAGUUGAGGUGCGUGCCUUCCUGCCUUGCGGUCUGUGGGACUAGACGCCGGGGCAAAGCGAAGGAGGAAGGAAGGAAGGAAGGGGGAGGGGUGACAGAGAGUGAGGGGGGAGAGGAGCGACUGCUGCAACAGCCAAUUAGAAGGCAGGGCUGAGGUGUUCCCCCACCAAUCGGGGCGAGGGGGUGUUACCUGUGAGAGCCCGCCGGCCAAUCGGACGAGCGGCAUCCGCGGCCGGAGCCGGAGCCGCGCGCCAAUCGCUGGCCAGGAAGCACCCGCGAACGCGGAGCCGGGGAUGUCCUACAAGCCUAUCGCGCCCGCCCCCGCCAGCUCCGGAGCCGCCGGCACGAGCAGCAGCAGCAGCAGCGCCAGCCCCGCCCCCGGAGCCCCGCCGCUCGCCACGAGUGUCCCAUCCCCAUCUGGAUCUGUCCCUGGAGCAUCGGCCUCCUUCCGCCCUCUCUUCAACGAUUUUGGCCCUCCAUCAAUGGGCUACGUGCAGGCUAUGAAGCCACCAGGUGCCCAAGGCUCCCAGAGCACGUACACGGACUUGCUUUCUGUCAUCGAGGAGAUGGGCAAGGAGAUCCGACCCACCUAUGCAGGCAGCAAGAGUGCUAUGGAGCGGCUGAAACGAGGGAUCAUACAUGCUCGGGCCCUGGUAAGGGAGUGUCUAGCAGAGACAGAGCGUAAUGCCCGUACGUAACAGUUGCUUUCUCUUGGCACUGCCCUGGGAGAGGAGGACCUUGGCUCUUUCCUGCCGAUCCACAUUUGGUUCUCCCCUGCCCUUUCAAAUCUUUCCAACCAAUCAGUCUCUCACUCCUAGGAUGGUGAUCACCUUCAAAGACCUUUAUGACAAUUGGCACCUGAAGAAGCUUCUAUUGCAUCACAGAACUUCCCACCGAUUAGCACUCUGGGAAUGCACCUUUCAAUCAACCAGUGAGAAUAAGGGCUGGUGGCAAGUCUUGUGUCUUUAUAAAAAAAAUUCGGGGUUUUUUUUAAAUAAAAGGAAGGCUUUGGAAUUUGGA